CAUCACCUGCACACGACCAACUGCCGUUUACUCUCUGCUGGCGACCGACGUGACUGGACCGAGGUCUACAGACUGAAGGAGAACCGCUGAGAUGGCGUCCACUGGACAUGGAGAAGAUGGCGAGGAGGAGAAGAGGAAAAGCGAAGGCAAGAGGAAGAGGGAAGAGGAAGGCGAGGAUGGAGUCAAGAGGAGGAGAGAGGACGAUGGAGGAUCAGAGGAUGAGGAGCCAACACCUGGGAUGGCGACCACUGGACAUGGAGAAGAUGGCGAGGAGGAGAAGAGGAAGAGGGAAGAGGAAGGCAAGGAUGGAAUCAAGAGAAGGAGAGGAGAUGACGACAGAGGAUCGGAGGAUGAGGAGCCAGCACCUGGGAUGGCGUCCACUGGACAUGGAGAAGAUGGCAAGGAGGAGAAGAGGAAGAGGGAAGAGGAAGACGAGGAUGGAGUCAAGAGGAGGAGAGAGGACGAUGGAGGAUCAGAGGAUGAGGAGCCAACACCUGGGAUGGCGUCCACUGGACAUGGAGAAGAUGGCAAGGAGGAGAAGAGGAAGAGGGAAGAGGAAGGCGAGGAUGGAGUCAAGUGGAGGAGAGGAGACGAGGAUGGAGGAUCAGAGGAUGAGGAACCAACACCUGGGAUGGCGUCCACUGGACAUGGAGAAGAUGGCAAGGAGGAGAAGAGGAAGAGGGAAGAGGAAGGCGAGGAUGGAGUCAAGUGGAGGAGAGGAGACGAGGAUGGAGGAUCAGAGGAUGAGGAACCAACACCUGGGAUGGCGUCUACUGAACAUGAAGAAGAUGGCAAGGAGGAGAAGAGGAAGAGCGAAGGCAAGAGGAAGAGGGAAGAGGAAGGCGAGGAUGGAGUCAAGAGGAGGAGAGACAACGAGAAUGGAGGAUCAGAGGAUGAGGAGUCAACACCUGGGAGCAGCCAAGGAACAUCGGGUCCCUACCCCAGGCUUACCAUCAGCCACUACAACCUCCACCAAGUCCUGGGUAGAGGCAACUUCGGCAAAGUGGUCCUGGCAUCAGUCCCUGGCCGAGACACCUACAUGGCCAUAAAGAUCAUCAACAGAAGAGAGGACAACGAGGGAACCAUCAAGAGAGAGCGGCGGAUACUCCUGGCAGCCCGAGACUGUCCAUUUCUAUGCCACCUUUAUGCCGCACAUCAGUCUCUGGAGCGCGCAUACUUCAUCACGGAGUACCUGUCCGGCGGCAGUCUGGAGGAUUUGAUCAGGAUUUGCUGCUACCUGGACAUCAACAACAUAAGGUUCUACGCAGCAGAGAUGGUAUGCGGCCUCCAGUUCCUCCAUGGACAGAACAUCGUCCACAGAGACCUCAAGCCAGAGAACAUCAUGUUGGAUGCAGAAGGCCACAUCCGGAUCAUUGACCUGGGCCUGGCACAAGAUGGAGUCACAGCCUCCAGCAAGAUCGAUGGAGUGACAGGAACAUUCUGCUACAUGGCCCCUGAAGUGCUUCUCGGACAAAAGUAUUACACAGCCGUUGACUGGUGGAGCCUUGGGAUUGUGCUGUGCAGGAUGGCUACAGGACGCUUCCCAUUUUUCAUCGGCCACAGCAAGCAGAAGGUUUUCAAAGCCAUCACCAGAAAGGAGCCAAAACUUCCACCCGGGAUGGAUGCUGCUAUUGAACAUCUCAUCAGUCAACUUCUGCGCAAGAAUCCCGAUAAGCGCCUGGGGGUGCGCAGAAACAUCCGGAAGCAUCCAUUCUUUUCCACCAUUCGCUGGGAGGAACUGGAAGAGAGGAGAGCCAAGCCACCAUGUAAGCCGUUUGAGACAGUUCUGCAAAAUCACCAUCUGCAGUGGCCGGAGGACACAGAGGACACCCACCAUGUGACCGGAUUCAAUUAUACGUCACCAAGCUGGGCCCAGUAAGAACCUUCUCUUGGGAUAACUAUCAUCACAUGUUCUUCACUUCUCCAUAGGUGGAUCUGGACUCUGAGGACACCGCGCCUACUGCUCAGAACCUCCGGCCUCCUGAUCCAGGCCUCAUGUCUCUGCUGCUGUAACCUCGGCUGCUCUAGAACAUCUUUAUGCCACACCUUUGCCAUUGUGUUGCUGCCCCAGGCCCUUUACCUGGCAUCCUCCAUUCCUGGGCUGGCAUCUGACAUCACUGCAGCCAGAAGAUCCUCUACGCCCCCAGAAGCGGCCUGUGCUUAGAUUCCAUCUGGUAAGUUCAGGAACAAUAGCCGCAUGUUGUAAUCCUGGGGUGCUGAGUGGCGGAUAUUAUCCCUGAACCCAUCCAAGCACAGGCCGGGUAAGUACUGCACUCACCACACACACUACACGAUAGGGAUAGGCGCACACACAUAGACACAGACCACAGAUAGGGGACAUAUCGGCUCGAUCCAGGGAUUUAUUCUGAUCGCCAUAUUUGGGGUCGGGAAGGAAUUUUUCCCCCUGAUUUUAGGACAAUUGGCUCAUUCCUCACAGGGGGUUUUCGCCUUCCUCUGGAUCAAUAUAGCCGUAAAUAGGUUUAGCAUAAUAACAUAAAAUUACCCUCUUAGUAACACAACUAAUUCUAAAAAAUUCAUAAAUAAAUAUAUAUUAAUAUAUUUUUUUAUCUUAAAAACGUAUUUGACCCAAACAUAAAAAUUAGACUACUAGACUUACCAAUAGACUAUUAGAAACAUGUAUAACUAAAAAAUAUUUAUAAUUUAAAUUAAUUUACCCCCCCCCCCCCCCUUUCUAUCACUCCGGUUUGGUUCCAGCCUUUGAUCCUGGGAUUUAUUCUGACCGCCAUAUUUGGGGUCGGGAAGGAAUUUUCCCCCCUGGUAAUAAGGACAAUUGGCUCUUUCCUUACAGGGGGUUUUCGCCUUCCUCUGGAUCAACACGGCCGAGCACGGUUCAGUACAACAGACCACUAACUUACACAUAUAUAAUAGUAUAAUAUAAUAGUAUUUUGUUUAUUAUUGUCCCCCCCCAUCCCUAUAAAUAAACUUUUUUUUUAC